AUGUCCUACAAUGAGAGUGAAGUAAAGGCAUUCCUGCAGAAUUAUGAACGAACAGCCCAGGUUGUAUGGAACAAGUUUAUGGAGGCCACCUGGAACUAUGUCACCAACAUCACCAAGAAAAACCGAGGAGAGAUGCUGCAUGAGGACAUGGAGAGGUCCCAGCAUAUCCUGUUUUUUGGCACCCAAGCCCGCCUGUUUAACAUCGCCACAUUCCAGGACCCAGUCAUAAAGCGCAUGCUGAGAAAGAUGCAAAACAUGGGCAAGGCGGCCCUGCCUGUGAAAGAGCUCCAGGAGUACAACCAGCUCCUGGCCUACAUGGAGACAAUGUACAGUAUGGCCCAGGUGUGCCUGGAAGAGGGACCCUGCCUGUACCUGGAGCCUGACCUCCAAGAAGUAAUGGCCAACUCCCGGGACCAGAAAGAGCUGCUGUGGGCAUGGCAGGGCUGGCGGGAUGCUGUGGGCCGCCCACUACGCACCUUCUUUGAGCGCUACGUGCAGCUCAGCAACAAAGCUGCGAAUCUCAAUGGUUACAAAGACAUGGGGGCCUUGUGGCGCUCAAAAUACGACUCUGAGAACGAGACCAACACCCUGCAACAUGACCUGGAGCUGCUGUUCCAGGAGCUUCAGCCACUCUACCUGAACCUGCACGCCUAUGUGCGCCGCGCCCUGCACCGCCGCUACGGGCCCCAGUUCAUCGACCUGAAGGGGCCUAUCCCUGCCCACCUCCUGGGGGACAUGUGGGCUCAGUCCUGGGUCAACAUCUUAGACCUGGUCUUGCCCUUCCCGGAGAAACCCCUGGAGGACAUCACGAAGAUCAUGAAAGGCCAGCGCUGGAAGCCCCACAAAAUGUUCCAAGAGGCUGAAAAAUUCUUCACCUCCCUGGGGCUACUGCCCACCCCGAUGGAGUUCUGGAGCAAGUCUAUGUUGGAGAAGCCAGCUGAUGGACGGGAGGUGAUGUGCCAUGCCUCUGCCUGGGACUUCUACAAUGGCCAUGACUUCAGGAUAAAGAGGUGUACCGAGGUGACCAUAGAAGACCUGCUCUCCGUCUUCCACCAGAUGGGCCAUAUUCAGUACUUCUUACAGUACAAGGACCUUUCUGUGAUCUUCCGUGAAGGUGCCAACCCAGCCUUUGAAGAGGCUGUGGGGUCAGCGAUCACCCUCUCGGCCUCCUCUCACAAGUACCUGCUCAACAUAGGCCUGCUCAGCUUACAGUUCCAGGACUCAAAGGAUGAGGUCAAUUUCCUGAUGGGCAUUGCUCUUGAGAAGAUUGCCUUCAUCCCCUUUGGCUACCUGGUGGACCUGUACCGCUGGAAGGUCUUUGAUGGCACCAUCCAUAAGAACAUCUACAACCAGGAGUGGUGGAGCCUCAGGUUGAAGUACCAGGGCCUGUGCCCCCCCGUUCCUCGGUCAGAAGAGGACUUUGAUCCAGGUGCCAAGUACCACAUUUCCGCCAGCAUCCCCUACUUAAGGUACUUCCUCAGUGUGGUGCUCCAGUUCCAGCUCCAUGAAGCACUGUGCAGGGCCUCGGGCCACGUGGGUCCGCUGCACCACUGUAACAUCUAUAACUCCAAGAUGGCUGGGAAGCUCCUAGAGGAUGCUCUAAAGCUGGGUUCAAGCAAGCCCUGGCCAGAAGUCCUGAAGAUGAUGACCGGGGAGUCCCAGGUGUCUACGAAGGCCCUCAUGACCUACUUCAAGCCCCUGAUGAACUGGCUGGUCACCGAGAACGUGCGGCAGGGGGAGGUCCUGGGCUGGCCAGAAUUCAGCUGUUCCUUUGAAGAAAAGGAGAAGAACACAUUCCUGGGGCUGGAGCUGGACAGUGACCAGGCCAAGACAGGACAAUGGGUGCUGCUGGUCCUGAGCUUUGUCAUGUUCCUCUUGGUCCUAAUGCUGGGCCGCAGGCUGUACAUCCUGUCAACAGCCCAGGACACUAAGGCCUACUUCCUGGGCAUGGCUAUGGAGCCCCACAAGGCUGCCAAGGGCCAGUGGAUAUUGCUGGGCCUCUGCGUCCUCCUGCUGGUGUGCUCAAUCAGCCUGGCCAUCAAGAUUUUCACACAGCAGAGCAAGAAGCCUCUGUGGAUGACAGCUGAGUGGUGGGGCCUGAACUAG